AUGUCCCCAAACGGGACUGUGGAGAUAGUCGACUUGAGUCAAUCGCUGGAGGAUUCGUCUAUGGCCCUGAGCGAGCUGAAGACGGCCGUUUUGUUCAAUCUCUACACGACAUCGAACCCGGAGGUGGAGGAGGAGUUGUACCUUCUUGACACCUCGACCCUUUCCACAAGCCAUUACAACGUCAGCAAUCCGACACGUUUUGUGAUCCACGGGUGGCAAAGUAGCAAGGCAGAACAAGUAUCCACGUCGAUUCGAGAUGGACAGCAAACUGAUGUUCCUCCUUACCUCGCGGUUGGCGAUUACAACAUUAUCGUUGUGGAUUGGAGCACUCAUGCAGGUUCGAACUACGUUACUGCUCGCACAAAAAUCGUGGCAAUUGGAGAAUACGUAGGGCUGAUGAUCGACUUCCUGGAGGCGAUGGGUUCCAGCGUGGAGGAUAUGAUAAUCGUUGGACAUUCUCUCGGAGCACAUAUUUCCGGUAUGGCGGGGAGAUCGGCGAGCAACACCGUCGGCGCGAUUGUUGAUGAAAGUUGUAAAGAGAAACGAUUGACCGGAUUUAAAAAAACAUCUUUGCCGAUUUCGAUCAGGAUUUAUAAUAUAAUCUCGACGAAAGUUGAUCGUGAAUUUUUCAAACUUUUCAAAUCGUUUGCGUCGUUCUUAAGAAUGUGCAUGGAUCCGGCUGGUCCGCUUUUCUACGUUACGGACACUUUCGCACGUUUGAAAUCUACGGAUGCCAAUUUCGUGCAAGUGAUUCACACGGCCGCCGGGCGUCUUGGCUACAACGGAGAUCUUGGUGACGCGGAUUAUUGGCCUAACGGAGGGUGGUUCCAGAGUGGCUGCGGCCUCGAUCUUUUCGCCACGUGUGCCCACUCACGGUCUUACUUUUACUUCGCCGAGUCCAUCAUCCGGAAUGACAUAACCUAUACUUCCUACGCCUGCGAGAACUACGACGAAUACGAGGCCGAGGCCUGCCAGGAACCAUCAUCUUCCAUAAUGGGCGGAUCCACCCUCGACCUAACAGCCAGCGGUGACUUCUACCUUAAGACAAACUCGGAAGCCCCGUUUGCCCUAAGUUGA